AUUCAUCAGAUGCCUCAAAAGCUACUGAUGAAGUCCUUGUUGACACAGAUAUAUCAGCAGUCUUGAGUUCAAAUAAUUUUGUAGCAAUUAAGCUUGAGAAUGGUACUGAAAGUGCCUUGCAGUUUUCUCAGAUCUAUCCUUUGGUGCUUGUUCCGUCACUGUUUUUCAUUAGUGGUCAGACAGGAUUACCAUUAGAAGUUCUUGGAGGACCACUCACCAAAGAAAAUAUAAAGCAGAAGCUCACCUCUUUGGUUCCUGAAGAAAAUCAGGGAGCUAGUGCUGCAGUGUCAGCUAAUGAAAAUGUGAAUGAGGGUGGUACACAGAACUCCAGUAAACAGCCAGAAAAGGAAGAAGAGACACCAAAAUUGACAGAGGAUGGUGCUGCUUCUGCCUCUGCUUUGAUUCAGCCGCCAAAGAGUUGAGCCCAGAUGACCAAGCAUCCCCGUCCGGUUUAGGCAAUGAAAAGAAGUCGGAGGCAAAUGUAACCCCAGACUCUGGAAUUCAAGAUGAUUCAGGAACUCCAGAACGUGAAGAAAAUGACAGCGAAGCAAUAGAUGAUUCAGUCAGCUUGGAAGAUAGAGUAGAGAGAGCAAAAGUUCUUCUUGCUGAAAAACGAGCAGCUCAGGCACAGGAGAAAGCACAUGAGGAGAGACAGAAGGAAAUUGAACGCAGAAAGAUGGGUCAAGAGAUAGCCAAAAGGAAAUUGGAGCAGGAAAACAAGGAGAUCCGAGCUGCAGCAAGAACGCCGAAAAGACAAAGAAGAGGACAGAUUAGC